AUUAAACUUCCAGUUCCCUUGAUUCAACCUUAAAUCUUAACUGAGUACUUCUGUUGGAUUCCAUCAUGCAUCUUGUUCUCUGUCUGAUGCUUGGUCUUCCUUCUUUAUGCGCAGGUGGGUGGUGUUACCAGACCCAAUCUUCCUGUGACAACCCUUGCAGAGAUCCGAGCAGGUGGUCUUCAGAUUUCCCUCGCUGCGGGGGUCUGCGCCAGUCCCCUAUCAACAUCGUCAGCCGUAAAGUUCACGUCAACACGGAGUUGCCACCCCUGGAGUUCAUAGGUCACGACGAUCGCAUCAACAUCACUGUGGAGAACAAAGGACAUUCAGCUCACUUCCACCUGCCUCAGUCGGUCCGCCUCAGCGGAGGAGCACUGCCGGGUCACUACCGGGCCGCACAGUUCCACUUCCACUGGGGGGCCAGCGGGACCCCUGGAUCGGAGCACACCAUCGAUGGAGAGAGAUUCCCCAUGGAGCUUCACAUAGUUCACAUCAAAGAACCGUACGGGUCUCUAACUGAAGCAGAGCACGACAUGGCAGGGAUUGCCCUGCUUGCCUUCCUGUUUGAGGAAGCCACUGACGAUCAUCCUCAUCUGGACACAGUCAUAGCAGCUCUGGGCCAAGUGCAGCAUAACGGCUCCACAGCAGUGAUCUCCAACUUCCAACUGAGCAAUAUCAUCCCGCCGUCUGAGGAGCUGCGUGGUUAUUAUCGCUACGUGGGCUCCAUGACGACACCGGGAUGCGAACAGGCAGUGGCGUGGACAGUCUUCCACAAGACGCUGCCCGUUAGCAGCCGCCAGCUUGAUGCCGUUGUGCAGCAGUGCCGCUUCUGGACGGGUCAGCCUAUGAUGGACAUCUUCAGGCCCACGCAACCACUGGACGGACGCGCGGUGUACCGCUCAAACUCUGCUGCGCGUCCAUGCUUUGCAGGCUUCUUUGUCAUACUCACAACUGUAGUGUUCAUCCAUUAAUUUCAUCAACAAAUGCACACAAACUGUAGUGUAGGCAGUGAAUGAUGUUACGAUGCCAUCGACAGCCAUAGAUGUUAAAUCUAUUUAAACUGGGAUGCUAUUGCCAUUAAUGGUAGAAAAUGGGUUUACUCAUGAGUUAACUCAUUUAGUGCAAAGCCCCUCGCAGUACACCUACUUUAGGACAAUUACAGAAUACCCUCUCAGCUCAAAUGUUUUGGACAUCUAUUGUAGUUUGUUAGGUAAAGUUUGAUAUCCAGCCCAGACUGAGUAGUGUAUGCAGUGAACCCCAACAAAUUCUUGGCCUAGAACCCCACGGAUUUAGAAUCUAUAAUUUUAUUUCAAAAUACAGGACAAGUGUGA